CGAUAAUGCAUAUGAAGGAGAGUUCAAAUAUUUCGUUGACGGUUUGUGGAGGAGCAUUUCAAAUCGAACAUCAAAAGUGACUGUGAAAAAAGUUUGCGAAUUUCUCGGAUUUGGGUUUGUGGGAUUAAAUUUCGAGCAAGAGUUCCUGCAAUCGGGCAAAGAUAUGUUUUCAGUGGACUGUUAUGGAACUGAGACAGACAUUUCACAAUGUCAGUGGACAAAGGAAAAUAAUGACAGAGAAUAUCAAACGCUGCACCUUUCCUGUUCGGACUAUGAAAUAAAGAAUGUCCGCAUUAUUGGUCAGUCUGAUGACGUCGGGUUAGUUGAAGUCUUUGUAAACAGCAAUUGGAGGACAGUUUGUGAGGCUGGCUUUACCAAUUACUCUGCAAACCUGAUAUGCCAAGAGCUUGGAUUCAGCAAUGCAAAAUGGUAUACAACUAUGGAUCAAUCGAACAGUGAUACUAAAGUCGUGUCAUUGAUUUGCGACCAAGCUGAUAUAUUAAUACGAGAUUGUGAAAUUAUACCAUUGGCAUAUUAUACUUAUGGAUCUGGUGGUUGUUCUGGCAACGGGGUAUCUAUCGCAUGUUCGAAAGAUCAACCAACCAGCACCGUUUCGACAGUAACACAAACUACCAAUGAGGUCCUUGAUAUGUAUCUAGUUGUGAUUUUGAUGUCCGUCAUUGUGGGUCUUGUGUUAUGUCUUCUUGUUGGAGGAUUGUUUUAUUGCAAGCUGACAGGUAAACUUUGUUUUUCACAGCGACACCAAAAGCCCAUCGAAGAAAGUGCCCAACCGAGUUCGCAGAAUAAAACACAAUCUGGAGGACGUUCGCCGGUGUCCGUUGUUAACAAAAGAGGUGAAUGCAAAGGUGAUGACGAAGAGUACACGACUAUUGAUGACUCUGAUGAUCUUGGACUGAAUCCCCAGAAUGAAUAUUAUCAACUCAGGAAUACAAACGACGGUAAAAUACAUACGAACGAUUCGAGAACGAAUACUUCUGAUGAUUAUUUGCAACCGGUCAUGGGGAAAAUCACAUCGGAUGCAGAUGUCCAGCUUGAUGACGACGGCUACUUGGAACCCGUUCCAAAAGUUCAAGCAGAUGGCUAUAUUCUUGGAAAGUUUACUGGUUAGACCCGGAUACGGUUGUUAACUCAUUAAACAUUUAAAAUUAGAUUUUUAACAAAAAUGAAUGUAUUUUACUUGCUUUAACAAUUAAUAUGGAAAAUAAGAUUCAUCUACGGAUACCCAGGCGUGGAAAAACACAACUUAUAUUCAACAGUUAAGCAUACCUUUACUGACAAAGCGGACACAUGCUAAGCCUACUUGUAAUGGAUAUAUGUGCAAAAACAAUAGUACGUCCUGUGUGCUUCUAUGUUUAUAUUGUUUUAUUGAAAUACGUACACACAAGAGAUGAAAUAUGGCUUUAUUCCAAAAAAAAGUGUACAUUAGAUUUGAUUAUUGAUAAGUACUUUUUAUGUAUCUUUUUUUUAUAUGCAUAAUAAUGAUUCUAUGCGUUUUAAUAUAACGUCUGUAUAAUGCUUAUAUAUUGCUGUCUGGUUGUUUAGUUCAUGUCAAAUGCUCAUCUAUAUAGCCUUGAUGUUGAAUAUAACCUAAACGCUUAAGAACUGAUUAUGCAAAACAUGUAUAUAUUUUGUCUUAAGACAGAUCUAUCGAGCAAUAUUUAAUCCAAUUUAGCUUGUCAAUUAAGUCACAUGCAAUCCAAUAAAAACAUGUAUAUAAUAGCAUAAGUGGGUGAUGUGAGGUAAAUCCAUACAAACAUUUGACUAACAAAUGCUAUUCAUUUUCAUUUAUUUGUUUCUUUUGUAUAAUCAACACUAAGUAUUUGUAUAUCUUUUGUUUGAUAAUAUUCCUGGGUGGUUUCAUAUUAUGGUUGUUAUACAAAUUUGAGUAUUACUUCAUUUCAUAUGCUUAUAUGUAGAGCAAUAUUUUUUUAAAUAAUACUGGCGAACUUGUUUUAGACUGAUGAUCUUAGCAUGUAUAUAUUGUUUCCAAAUGCUGAGCCUGAUAUAGUCUCCAAUUUAUAGAGAAUACAUUGUUAGUGCCUUGGAUGGAAUACAUUUAUCCGGCAAGGGGGGAAGAAUCGGGUGAGCCGGGGCAUAAAUUACCUUGAAAUUAUCAAGUAUCUUUUAAACAUGAGCGGGACAACUGGUUUGCCUGUUAACAUUGACAAACUUGGUGUCUAAAUACCCAUGUUUAGAUGUGUCGAAAAAUAGUUCUCAAAACUAUUUAUUUGUAUUCAAUAUGUCUUUAGUCAAAGUUAUUGUAUUUUAAUACGUCAAGAUCUAUUCAAAACAUAAACAUUAUUGAAAGUGCAUAAAUGUGGUUUAAUCACCAAACAUUAUAAAAUCAUUCAACAAUUAUUCCUCAAGUCACAUGCUUCAACGUACACAAGUGUGUUAACAAGUUAUCGCUACGUGUUCAAUUAGACUGAAAAUAAUAGUUUAUGUUUUAAAUAAGGUCAUCUCACAUCAUUAAAUCAUUCAAAUAGAAACAAAAAUAAAGGGCUAAUAAAGCGAUCGGUUAAUGCUGAGAUAUUACUUUAAAGCAGAAAAGAUUGCCAUUUGUUUAUUAUAACAUAUUUACUACACCAAAGGGGCCAAAAUAAAUGCAUAUUGUAACGAUACUUUAACGUUCUUUAUCAUUUUUGUUGAACUUGUUUGUUUAAUUCUAAUGCAAUUCCUAUUUUUAAUUAAACUUGUAACAUGUUUGUGAUCAUUUUAUGGUGUUGUAAUCAAAAUAACGUAA